AUGCGCUCCGUGAAAGAAGGCCGAGUCACAAAAUUAAGAGCCACAAGACCGCGAACCACAUCCCGACGCGUCUCCAACAAACUCCCACUGGUCGAACAGACCAACGCACUAUCCAUUGGCGACUUCAUCGCCCAAUACGUGACUCCACUCACGCAAGCAGGAGACCCAGCCAAAAAGGAUGCGAUUGAUCAACCAAAUCCAUCCCAAGAUCAGGAACAGCAGGACAUGACCUCCGCGCCACACGUGGACGUCUACUCCGCGGCAACGAUCUCCGCAGCUGAUCUGGAAGCAUGUCUGGAUCUAGUCGAGCAAACCUCAAGCGAGGCCUACAUCGCGUCGCCCGGAGGCUGGUCGCGCACCAAGAAGCGGAAAGAGAUGAAGUUGCCCGACAUGAAGUAUUUGAUUCUACGGGACACGUCGAAUGAGUCUGGUGAUUCUAGCGGGCAAGGUCCGAGAGAGAAGCAGAGCGAUAUCGCCGACGACAAUGCUCCGCCUCCGCCUCCGCCUCCAAAGGAAAGUGACGAGACUAUUUCAUCGUCUGGUACAAGUUCACCGAAUGUGCUUGGCUUUUUAUCAUUUAUGGUUACCUACGAGGAUGGAAAGGAGGUUGUUUACUGUUACGAGAUCCACUUGUCGCCAAUAGCCCGGGGACGGGGUGUCGGGAAGUUGCUUAUGGGUCAGAUGGAGGGAAUUGGGCGCGCUGUCGGCUUGGAGAAGUCUAUGUUGACGGUUUUUAAGUCGAAUGAGAUUGCUCGGCGGUUCUAUGAGCGGCUUGGGUAUGAGGUUGAUGAGUACUCGCCCCGACCGCGCAAGUUGCGCAAUGGGACUAUUAAGGAAGUGGACUAUUUGAUCUUGUCGAAGAUGUUGAGAUCAUAA